CAGAACCUGUCUGGCAGGUCUGAUCUGGGUUUUGAAAAAGGGAGUGGCAUGCUGGCGUGCAGAAACCAGGAGACUUUUUGUGACUGGGCUUAGUCUUCAGGUAACACUUGUCUUGUCGUCUUAGAGGCUUCUUCCACUGUGUCCUGCAACCAUGGAGUCUAGGCUUGGGAUUGUGCUGGUUUUGAUGCUGGCAGCUGUAUCAUCAGCACACGGCUGUACCUGUGCAACCAACAAACGGACAACGUGCGCUCCGGACCUGUCUGGGGUCUGCGUCUGUCGGUUGAUCGGUUCAGCAUGGGUAGCAAAUUGUUCAACGUUGACUUCGAAAUGCCUGCUGAUGAAAACAGAAAUGACCCCGUCAAAGGCCAGGCGCGUCCCCUCUCAUGGCUUUUUGGACAACGAUGGCAUUUAUGAUCCAGACUGUACGGCCAGCGGCGCUUUCAAGGCCAAGCAGUGCAAUGGGACUGAUACCUGCUGGUGUGUGAACAGUGCCGGAGUAAGAAGAACGGAUAAGGGUGAUACAAAGUUAAAUUGCAGUGAGCUAGUUAGGACAAACCACAUCUUCAUCGAGCUCAAACACAAGAAAAGGUCUGAGCCCUUCGUUAAUUCUGAAGUAGCAAAUGCUUUGAGGUACACCAUUCAAAACCGAUACAAACUGCAUCCAAAUUACAUCAAAGACAUUGAUUACGAGUAUCCCUUGAUCUCUAUAAACCUAAAACAAAAUGCUUCGCAGAAAUCAAACAGUGAUGUUGAUAUAGCUGAUGUGGCUUAUUACUUUGAAAAAGAUGUCAAACGUGACUCCAUAUUUCAUUCCAAUAAUUCAUUCUUUCUGUCUGUCGGGGGAAAGCCUCUGGAUGUUGAAGAAAUGCUAAUCUACUACAUUGAUGAAAAGCCGCCAGAGUUUUCUAUGAAACAUCUGACUCCUGGUGUUAUUGCAGUGGUGGUAUUUGUGAUUUUGUCUCUCAUCGUUGGGAUUAUUGUGCUGGUUGUAACCAGGAGGCGGCGGACGGGGAAGUAUAAGAAAGUUGAAAUUAAGGAGAUGGGUGAAAUGAGAAGAGGACAGAACUUAUAGUUGCUGUACACUGAAGAUGGAAAUAAGACUUUGAAAAAAACAGAAUGAAAACAGCAGGAUUAUACUAUGUUUGUGUGGGUGGGUCUGAGGGUAUAUUUUGCUAAACCCUGAAGCCAUUGUUAUAAGACCCAAAUGACUUUAGAUACUUAAGAAUGGUAUUAAUUAUUCUCUCACAUAUACAUUUGUCUAGGAGUUGUUUAUCAAAACCUGUUUCAAAGAAAAGAUGGGCAGGCAUCUUGUUGCUAAAUUUUCCAGGCAUAUAGUUAUAUUUUCAAAGGACAAUAAAGUUGUUACAAUUUGUACCAUAUGUAUUUGGCAUAGGUCAUAAUACCUUCAUUCAUAUGAUCAGAGAUCUUGUUAAACUUCCUUAUGUACAUUUUAUGGGGCUCCUUUUUUGUUAUACCCCAUUACUGAUGUUUGAGUAUGUUCUGGUUCACUUGACAAGUGAACUGGCUUUCUGUUUUAAAAAGAAAUUUUUUAAGAUGGGCUCUUUGAUAAAGUUGUCAGAUUUUUUUUUUCACGGAUUUUUUUAAUUUAAUAAAUUCCUUUAAAUAACAACAACAAAAAGCAGAACAUUUGUAACAGUUUCCUUGGCUUACAACAUAACAGCCUUUUACUUAUUCACUCAUUUGUCUACAACCAUUUUCCAGGUGCAAAAAUAUUCAGGAAUUCAAAGUUGUAGUCAAACAGCCUCUUGCUCUGAUCCCAUAUGUACCCAGCAAGGGUCUGGCCACUUGUACCUACAAAAUGUCCCUUGAUAUUAAUAUAAGAGUAAGGGAGUUAACUUUGGUGUCCUGGCCAAAUUCCAGUGCUGGUAAUUGCUUUCUGUCUGUUUAAAUCUCCCUUGCAAUUUCAAUAAGAAAAGGUAUUUUUCACUGUAUAACAGCCUACAGCACUUCUACAGUGUUUGAGGACAAGUUGUAAAGAGUGCUCUAUUUCAUUAGAGCUGCAAGGAGUAAGCAGAAUGUAAUUAUCCAUGCUGGAAUUCAGCCAAGACACCUACACAUCUACAAAAUAGUUUAUGAUGUAGGUCAUCUUCACCAUGAAGGUCCUUUUUUUUUUUAAUUAAAAAAGAAAAAAUGGGGGAAAUUGUGGUUGCUAUUAGAUGUUAGAGUAGUGGCAGAACUGUCGCAUAUAUUCUGGACUGCACGUGGAGGUCUAAACUUCUACUAGGUAAUUUGAUAACUUGCCAAACAUGGCUCUUUGAGAAUGCAUUAUAACAGGUCAGCUGUCCAGUUUACUUUAGCAGCCUUAAUUUAUUUGGUUUGGUCUGUUCAGUAUUGUGCGACUCCUAUGGCUAGUUGCUUACUAACCAAAGAUGUAAAUCUCGAAAGUUUUCUGUUUUGCCUAGGAAAAAAUGAUGGGGGUCGCUGGGAGUCAGGAAGCCUGAAUUCUGUUCCCCAUUGAGCCAGCUAAGACAAAGUCCUCGGUUUCCUCACCUGAAAUAUGUGGGUAAUGGUACUUUUCCUUCUUUAAGAUGGAUGACUGAAAGACAUUAUGUAUGAGCCAAAUCUAGCUGUUGUUCUCUCAUCUGUAGGAUCUAAUUAAAUUUUACUACUGAUUAUAUUCUUUGUAGUAUAUGACACUAGAAAACAAGUCUAGAUUACUUAUUGCAUGUGACUUACCCAAUAUAGAUUUUGCACCUUCCUUCCAGGGACACAUCAAAACGUGAUGAAUUUUGGAAGAUGCAGUAUAUCUUUUUAUAGCACCAUGCACAAUAGAACCCAACUUUGCAUUUAGACACUACUCAGGUAUGAAGGUUAAUGAGGAACGAACCUGAACCAAAUCUCCACAUCUGAAUUCCCCCAACCCAUUGGGAAGUUCCUAGUCUGACCCCACCUCACUCCAUAAGCCAGCUUUGUGUUUCAUCUCGUCCUCUAUAAUUGGCUGACUUAAAAAUGGACAAUCUGUAGCUGAACAUCUCAGCUUUGGAGAAUUGCAGCCCAGAAUCAAAAUCCACACCUCAGGAUCAUCACAGACAGCUUUUGUUUCUUGUGUGCAUGCAGAACUAGAGCAUGCCAUCUGCGUGGUAUCCCUUGGAGUCUUCCCUUCCUCAACAAAAAUGUUGCAUGCUGGGCAGUUUCCUGACAUCACCCUACCGCGGUGUGCCUGCUCAUGAGAUUAUCCCCAAGGCAUACUGUUCUUUGACUCCUUUCUGACCCUUCCAGGUUCCCGGUGAUAGUACUUUCUAAUGAUGUCAAGACCAUGUCACUGGAAAUUCUUCCAAUCCCUAAACGCAUUUCAAAUACAAGGACCAAGAAUAGCUACCAGAUGGUAACAGCAGCAGUCGUUUCUGACCUGGGAAAUUAAAGAUAAAAGACUAUAUUGUAUUA